GUGGCGGGGCGGCAUGGCGGAGCGGCGCGCGGUGCCCAGCGACCUGUUCCCGCUGGUGCUGGCCUUCCUGCGGCAGCAGCGCUGCCCCGGCGCCGCGCGCGCCUUCGCCAGGGAGGCGGCGGCGCAGGAGCAGGACCCCAACGCCGCCUCCCUCCUGGACAUCUACAGUUACUGGCUGAAGUCUCCGGCGGCCAAGAAGAGGAAGCUGGUGCCCAACGGGCCCCAGGCGAAGAGGACACCCCCCUCCAGCAGCGAGGACAGCUCCAGCGAGGAGGACGAGGCGCCGCCAGCCAAGAGGCCAGCUAAAGCAGCAGCUGUGCCCAAAGCAAAAGCAGUUCCUCCAGCCAAGAAGGCAGAGAGCAGCAGCGAGGACUCCAGUGAUGAUUCAGACUCGGAGGAAGAGAAGAAGCCAGCAAAGAAAGGUGCAAAACCUGUGGUGAAGGCAGCUGGAACCAAAGUCCAGCCCCAGAAGAAAGCAGAGAGUUCCAGUUCGAGCAGCUCAGAUGAAGAAGCACCAAAGAAACAGCCACCAAAAGCAGCAACACCUAAAUUAGGAAGUAAAGCUGCCCAGGCAGCUGCCAAGGUGGUCAAUGGAAAAGCAGCAAGCAGCAGCAGUAGUAGCGAAGAGUCUGAUGAGGAAAAGACUGCACCAAAGAAGGCUGUUCCCAAGAAAUCACCUCUGCCAAAACCUGCAGCCACUCAAGCAUGUCCAGGGAAUAACAAACAUGCCAAGGAGAGUUCCAGUAGUGAGGACUCAUCUGACAGCUCAGAUGAUGAAAAGCCACCUGCAAAACAAAAGCUGAAGCCUGGUCAAUACAGUGCUGUACCACCUCCUCAAGCUAAGCAGACCAAGAAGGGCGUUGCCAAGGCUCCUGCAAAAAAGGCUGAGAGCAGUGAUUCUUCAGACAGCAGUGAUGAGGAAGAGCAGGAGACCCCAAAAGGAGGAGCAGGCAAAAAAGUAGUAGCUAAGACAAUCCCUGCCUCCAAAACCAAAGUUAUGACUACCAAGAAGGCAGAAUCCAGUUCUGACAGUGACUCAGAUUCUAGCUCUGAAGAUGAUAAGAAGAAGGGAGGGAGUAAGCUGCCAGCUAAACAACCUGUGAUAAAGAAUACUCCCAAACCAGCAAAAGUAGCUGUCAAGCCUGGACAGGCAAAGAAAGACUCCAGUUCGUCCUCAGACAGCUCAGAUUCUGAUAGCUCUGACAAGAAGGCCACUGUGAAGCCUGCAACUAAAGCAGCAACCCCUGCAACAAAAAAGUCACAAGCUGCCACAAAGAAAGCACAAAGUAGCUCUGAUUCAGACAGCAGCUCCAGCAGCUCUGAGGAUGAGAAGAAGAAUGGCACUCCAGCUAAAUUAGCUGGCAAAGUGGCUAAGCCAGUGUCCAAACCUUCUACGCCAGCUGCCAAAGUAAGUACGUCUGACUCUGAUAGUUCAAGCAGUGAAGAAGAAGAAAAGAAGCCAGCAGUGAAACCAGCCAGCAAAUCUACAGGAGCAGCAAAAGCUACUAUAGGAAAGAAGACAGCUGCUUCUAGUAGUAGUAGCAGCUCAUCUGAUAGUUCCAGUGAAGAGGAGGAGAAGCCCAAAAAGGCAGGGAAAGGUGCACAGAACACUUCUAAGACCACUGCCUCCACAGGGAAAGCAAAAGCAUCCAAACCAGCAGCAAACAACCUGAAGUCUAAGCCAGCUGGUGGCAGCAGUAGCAGCAGUGAAAGCAGCUCUGAAGAAGAGACCGGAAAACUCAAUGGAGGCACAACUGGGAAAAAACAGAAGAGGGAAGAUGAUGUUCAGGAGCCAGAGACACCCCACAGUAAAAAGGCAAAGAUCAAAGCCAAAACACCACACACAGUUCCCAAGGUGAAACAGCCAUCCUCUCCAUUCCGCCGAGUAAGGGAAGAAGAGAUUGAGGUGGAUGCCCGUGUUGCUGAUAACUCAUUUGAAGCAAAGAAAGGAGCAGCUGGCGACUGGGGUGAGAAGGCUAACAACAUCCUGAAAUACACUAAAGGCAAAUCUUUCCGCCAUGAGAAGACAAAGAAAAAAAGAGGCAGCUACCGUGGGGGCACUAUAUCGACUCAAGUCAAUUCUGUCAAGUUUGAGAGUGACUGAGAAUGUUUCCUUGGGAUUUCAUAAAUCAUCUGUCCACCAGAAUGGUUUGGAUGGGCAUGUGGACGUUACAGAUGUCAACCUGCCUGGAAUGCUACCUCCCCUACCCCAUGGGGCCGGCAGCUCCAGUAUGGGGAUGUGGGAGAAUGGUUGGAUGUCUCCCAUUUUAUUUCUAAUUCUGGUUUAGGCCCCUAAUUUGGAACCGUCCUUGAGCUGGUGUGGCACCACUAUGGUGACCUCCAAGACUUACAUUUUCUACAGUCUUAUUUUAAAAGGCUGGCAGUGACUUUUCAUUUUGGUUUCCUGCCCAUCUAGUAGAAGAAAAAUCAUUCUCCUGUAUAGUAACCUACUUUUUCAGCUAGUUUAACUUGGAUACCUGUGAAAUGGCAAGUAUUGUAACUUGCCUUUGGCUAGUUACUGUAAGAGCAACACUGAUUUGAACCCUCUGGCUGUAAUCCCCACCCCCAUCUGGCAUUUCAAGUUCAUUGUUGCAGUGUGACAGGGUUUCUCUUCUGUUUCCUUCUUUCAUGGUUUCACCUUGCAAUAAAUUCCUACUUUCUUCCUUCCA